AAAAUUGGUUCCCGAGCACAAGCGGUGCUCUGCACACUGCGAGUUCCUAGCGGGGUAACAGAGCAGCAGCUGCUCUUGCUAGUACCGAAUACUGCGGCUACGGAGAGCCGGAGCCUUGGGCAGCAGGACUGUGGAGGAGCAACUUCUGAAUCUGUAGGAGAUGCCAGUGCCUCGAGACUCCAGGUCUGCCAACGGCAAGGGACUGAGACCCAGCAAAACUCAAGCUACAGAGAGUACUAGAGGUGAAGCAGUUAGAGCAAUGGAGAGCCAAGAAACCGACAAGGAGGAAAAUAGCCAGGCAAAGAGAUCGCCAUCUUCACCACAAGGAGCACCCAGAAAGCGGUCAGCUUUUGGAGAUCUCACCAAUGCUCACCAAAAUCAGCCUACACAGUCCAAGAAGGAGGUGGUCAAGGGUACUGCUAAGAAGGUACUUAGGAGCACAGUGGCUCAUGAUUUCUCCAAAAACAAUGAGAUCAACUUGAAAAAGUCUGGCCCCAAAUCCCUUGCAGAAGAGGCCUCUGUCAGCUCUGAGCCCACUGUCAAGGAAGGGCUGAUGCCUGUCCAGGAGAGGGAGGAGCCUGUGCCGGUGCAGAAGGGGCCCAGUGUUCAAGAGGCCUCAGGUGCAGGACAACCAGGACCAAGCGAGCAGAUGCCCAGGAUGGAGAAUAUUGAAAAAGUUGAAGAGGACCCAUAUAUCGGUGCAGAAUAUGCCAAGGAAAUCUUCAAGUACAUGAGAAAGAGAGAGGAGAUCUUCCCAAUCUCAAACUACAUGGUCAAGCAGCAUGAUAUCAGCAAGGAUAUGAGAGCCAUCCUGGUGGACUGGAUGGUGGAGGUGCAGGAGAACUUUGAGCUGACCCAUGAGACCCUGUACUUGGCAGUGAAGUUGGUGGACCACUACUUGAUGCAAGUGGUGUGCUUGAGGGACAAGUUACAACUGAUUGGAUCCACCGCUCUCCUGAUCGCAUCAAAAUUUGAGGAACGUUGCCCACCCUGCAUAGAUGAUUUCCUGUAUAUUUGUGAUGAUGCUUAUCAGCGAGAGGAGCUUCUCUCCAUGGAAAUCAACAUCCUCCACACCCUCAACUAUGAUAUCAAUAUUCCUAUUGCCUAUCGUUUCUUGCGCAAAUUUGCCAAGUGUGCCCAUGUCAACAUGGAGACGCUGACCUUGGCCAGGUUCAUCUGUGAGUUGACUCUGCAGGAGUAUGACUAUGUCCAGGAGAGGGCCUCAAAGCUAGCUGCUAGCAGUUUCUUCUUGGCCCUCAAGAUGAAGAAUGUUGGAAAGUGGACUCGCUCAUUAGAACGUUACAGUGGAUAUCGGAGCACAGAUCUCUUCUCCUUGGUCAAGAGACUCAACUUCUUGCUGACUUACCAGCACCAUGACAAACUCAAGGCCGUGCGUACCAAGUACUCUCACAAAAUCUUCUUUGAAGUUGCUAAAACUCCUACCUUGGAUAUGCUGAAGCUGGAGGAUAUUCUGAAGAACUCAGUCUGAAGAACAAAGCCAGGACCCAUGUGGGGAAGCCCUGAGGCUAGCCUUGUAAAUAGACUGUAAAUAUUUUGUCCUGUCUUUGUCUCCUUCUCCAUGUCAGCAUGUUUGUGCCUUUCUUUCUGUCUGUCUGAACUCAUGUCAUUUUAAGAAAAACAAAACUUUUUAAGAAGAAAUAGUUCUAAUGUUUUGAUUAGGAACUAAAUAAAAUUUUGUUAAGUGCCUUCCCUGCCCUCUUAUUCUCCAGGGGCAGAUGAGGUGUCAGGGGGUAGAAAACAACAGUCUCCUGCCCUCCCUGGGGAAGAUGCCAAGGGCUUCUUGGCAUAAGGCAGCUCCUUUCCUGCUGGUAGUUGUCCCCACAGCCUGCCCUGUUCUAGCUUCUCCUUUUCUACACCACGCUCUCUUCUAUAACUCUCUAGUCAUGACUCAAGGAGGGGGAUGCAUUGCUACUUGGAUACUGGGUUCAAGGGUGUCUUCUAAGCCCUUACCUGAGAGAGCUUUCCAUGCUUAGUAAAUGGGCUUGAGAGUUGGAGCAGCCAGCAGUGCCCACGAUACCCUGUGCUUUGCCUGGUGCUUUUCUGCAUUUGCAGAACAAUCUUUAGUUGCUUAUAGAAUAUAUAGAAUAAGGAGCUAUUCUCCUUUUUCUGCAGUUUUGCUUUUAGUAGCUAGCAAGAACUCCCAUAGUUGGUAGUUAAGGAAGCUGAGUAAUGGGCAGGUUGGGGACGGUGGUGCAAAGCACCCUUUCCUAGCCUCCCUAUGAAUUGGCAAUUUCUGUUUGUUUUUUCCAUUCCAUUUUAUUUGUAUGUAUGUGAUGUCAUUAAUGUGUUGGUCAGAGGUGCUUGUGGAGGCCUUUAAGUCGUGGCAGGUGUUGGCUAACACUUUGAACCGAUCCGUGCUUUCUGAUGAGAUUUAGCUGGAAUGGCUGGAAAAAAAAAAUCUAUGUCACAGGCCAUCCCUCAGUACCCACGGGGGAUAGGGAUUGGAGAUCAAAAUGCAAAUUGUGCCACUGCCUCAAAAUCCUAGUGCUAAAGAGGGAUAGACACAUAAUUUUUCCAUCCUUGAGGAUGAGAAAGCUUGGGGAAGAGUAGCUUCUAAGUAAUUGUGAUUUUGUGCUAAUAGGGAACAAAUCUGACCUGAUUUUUCCUUCUCUUUCCCUACCUCCCUCUGCUAGAAGUGGUAAUGCACAAUGAGUGGCUAAAGAAUUAGGCUGGGUUUGAGGCCAGAGGCUUGGAAAUGACAAUAGUGAAGCCAAUAUUCCUUAUAGGGGGAAGUUAGUUUGGUGCUCUUUCAUUCGAGUGGUCUGAUAUUAACCUCUUGGCUGAUAGCUUAGGGGCUAUCAUUUAUGUCCAAUUGAAGCACCUACUUCCCAGGCCCUGCUCUGUUCUUUGGCCUCAGAAGCCACAUUGGAAGGUAUGAGAAAGGCUGUGUUAUAGAGAGGGGUGCAGACCCUCAAAGAUGUUUCUGUAGUAGUCCACCAAAGUGUUGCUGCACCCCUCUUCCCCUUUCUUCUAAUUCUACAGUAUAAGGGGGCUGGGGCUGUUGCCUCAGAGAUACCAGAUUGUACACAGCAGCAUUUUGGUUUUUACCCACUUUUCUGCAAUCCAAUACAAAUCUAACCCUCCGUGUCUUCCACUUCACCAAGCCCUUUAUCACCCUAGGAAUGAGAAAGAGAGACACCUGCACUAUGGCUUUUUUAGUAGCCCCCUUACACCUGGGUUCUGUGCACUGGCCUUUUAUUGUUACUAUUUAUGUUUCAGUGUAUGUUUUGGCAU